UGAUAUUUUUUGGCUCACGUUUCCAUACAAAACAUUUUGUAGAUAUCAUGUUAAAAAAAAAAAAACAUUCCAAAUCUGAAAAAAAAAGACCAUCCAGUAGUGUAUUCAUGGGUGACAGAUAACUGAACACGCCUGUCUGCUUUCAAAGCAAAAAAAACCACUGCAAUCUUUCUUAAAUGGUUCACAAUUAAGAUACACAACUGUUGAGUGCUAAUUUAUUUCUCAUGAUACACCUUUGUUUUGACUGAAACUAGACUGAGGUGGUCUCCGUUAAAACCAAAUGCAUCCAUAACAUCAACUGAGCGACACACUGGCCAUCUCAAUGCUAAUCUGAACAGCUGAACACAUAAAUAGCCUCUGUGUGGCCUCUUAUGGCUGACAACAACACAGUGACAACAACUGUCCCCGUCCUCUACGUCACUGGAAACCUCACUGGUAACCACACCACGCCCACCGCUGUCCAGGUAGCCAAUGUGAUCAAAUGGGUGACGUUCAGCAUCGGGCUGCCCGCCAUUGCACUGGCUAUUUACACCCUCAAGAAUCUGUCCAAAGGUGAGAACAAAAUUCCCAUGCAUGUCGUGUUCCUCCUGGUCUCUGACAUUAUCAGUUUCUUUGGUCGUCCCGACGUAAACCAGGACAUGGCGAGUGGGACCGCCUUCUCCUCCAACCCCACAGACUUCAUCUUCUAUUUUGGUGUCAUCUCCAAUGUCACCCUCAUGCUGUUCAUAGCUCAGGAGCGCCAUCUCCUGAUGGCCUACCCGCAGUGUCUUGGCUGCUGUACCCGUAUCAGGCGGUCUCCUGCAGUCACCUUGGCGGCAUGGGCUGCUCCAUUCGGCAUCCUGGCCCUCGCUGUGCUACAGUACAAACUCUAUUUCGCAGUGUCUCUGCUCUCUCCUUUCCCCUUCCUCCUCUUCUUUGCCGUGGACUCCUGGAGGGCUCUGAUCUGCUCCCGAUCUAACCCUUCGACCCCUGAGAGGAAGAGGGCUGUGUGGGGGAUUGGUGCAAUUUGGGCCAACUACACCUUUCUUUAUGUCCCCUUCAUCCUCAGCGUCCUCUUGGAGGCUCUGUCCUUUAAGGAGACAGUGACAUACCUGGGGCUGGUGUCUCACCUACUGCUCUUCCUCAGCCCUCUAGUGGACCCUUUCCUUUACAUAUUCAUGACCAAAGGGCUCAAAGAAGUGCUGCAGGCGCUGCCCUGUCGCAAAAGCUCAAGUCGGAAAAAGAACACUGCACCCACUGUGGAUACUGUGGCUGAGACUGUGGAGACCAGACUUUAA